GUAGGAUACCCCAAGCAGACCUCAGCGCAUUCUUGAUCCCACCGGAGCUUUGUCCGGACAGGCAUUUGUUCCAGCAUGAACGAGCUGGAGCAAAAGCUGUCCAAGCGCCGGACGGUGGUUGAGGAGAGUGGCCUCAAGUUUGAGAGCCAACCCUCUGCCCACGAGUCAGUGAUGGCCACGCCAGCAUCGCCAUACAGAACCUGUGCUGCGCCGCCCAAGCACAACGGAGGCGUAGAUUUCCAAUCGGCGAUCACCCGGCGGCGAGCCACGGUUGAUGGUGAUGGAGAGACGUUUGAAAGUACACCUUCGCAGAAGACCGCUGAUGCUAUUGCAAGCCCGCAAAACGUCAUGAGACCUGCAGGCUAUGUGCCCAAAAAUGGAAGCGCUGACUUCAAACAAGUCAUUGACCAGCAGCGCGCAACUGUAGAUGGAGGUGCAAAAACCUUCGAAAGCCUGCCAGCAGAGCGCACUGCUGAUUGUGUCAAUAGCCUUCGAAGUGAGACCAUGCAGCUGCCGAUGUUCAAAGCCCAGUUCGGAGGGUUGAGACCUGCAAGCAUGACUGGCUGCCUGGCUAAAUCCUAGUCCUAGCUUUCCCAGAGUGCACUCUCCUGGCUUGC